CGCUCUCUCGGCCCGCAGCCAGUUCGGACGUGUGCUCCUCCGCUCGCUCGCCCUUUUCUCUUUCGUGAAGUUCCCGCCACGGAGUCCCUUCCAGUUCCCGCCAUGUCUGACGCCGAGGCCAAGCCCGCCGUUGCUGCGACGCCCAAGGCAAAGGGCCGCAAGUCUGCAGGAGGUCCCAAGAAAGCCAAAAAGCCCGCCAACCACCCCAAGUACACCGAGAUGGUCAAGAAGUCUGUCGAGGCCCUCAAAGAACGCGGUGGAUCUUCCCGCCAGGCCAUCCACAAGUACAUCAUGAGCCACUUCGACGUCGGCAAGGACAGCAAGGUAGUGAACACUCAUCUCAAGCUUGCUCUUAAGCGCGCCGUCCAGACUGGCCUGCUCAAGCAUUCCAAGGGUACCGGCGCGGCUGGCUCCUUCCGCCUGGCCGAGAAGGCGACCGCCCCCAAGAAAGCUGCGGGUGCAAAGCGAGGACCCAAGAAAGCUGCUGGAGGAGCUGCGAAGCCCAAGAAGGCGGCGAAGCCAAAGACCGCCAAGUCUCCCGCUAAGAAGGCCGCCAAGCCCAAGGCCGCGAAGCCUAAGAAGGCAGCCGCGGCCAAGCCUAAGGUUGCGAAGAAGCCAAAGUCCCCGAAGAAGGCGAAGUCUCCCAAGAAGCCCAAGGUUGCGAAGAAGGCAACGCCAAAGAAGGCGGCGGCGAAGAAGUAAGCUCCCAUCUCUCUUCGAUCACCCAACCUGUGGCUACUGCAUCAAGCCCAUCCCUCAUGCUCAUCAAAGGCGCAGUGUAACUCUGCUGCAACAACGUAAGACGCCAAACAAACUACUUCAUCCGCGUCAUCACCAUUGAAGGCUCACCCUCAUCCAGCCUAACUCGAGUGCCACUGGAACGCUGGACCUGUAAAUAUCAUCGUCGGACGUUACAUCAUGGCGAGUUAUAUAUCAUGAUCUCCUAAAUUAUGUCAUCUGUGUUGUAAAUCAUUGUCAUAUAUGCCUGUGAAUAGCUCAAACUUCACCUCACGCGAACGUGUCGCUUUUAUAAUUAAAGCGUGUUCCUCAUCAUGA